GUUUUAGCAGCUGAAAAAAGGUUCAUCGAGUUCCUUCCUGUGUUCUGAAGGCGUGAACGACUUGGGCGAAAGAGACAUUGACGCAUUGUGAUUGGGUGAUGCUGCGAUUGACAGCUUGCCUUAACCAAUCACGUUGCCUCUUGGCAGAACUGUCUCCCCCACCCUACCGGUGCUGAAAAACCAACCACGAGUUGGCGUCGUGUGGGAGAAUCCAUCUUGAAGAGAGCUCUCUGGUUGUGCGACCAGUGCAUUAGUGGAAAAUGUCUGAGGCGGAGCAACAGUACAUGGAAACAUCGGAGAACGGCCAUGAAGUCGACGAUGAUUUUAACGGAGCCGGCCACACUGACGAGGGGGACGAUGGCGGCGCCGAGCUUGACUGCGGACAAGGUGCGGGGACUGACUCGCAAAAUGGAGGCUCCGAUGGCGGCCAAAUCGACGCCAGCAAAGGUGAAGAAGAUGCCGGGAAAAUGUUUGUUGGUGGCCUCAGCUGGGACACCAGUAAGAAGGAUCUCAAAGAUUACUUCUCAAAAUUUGGUGAAGUGACCGACUGCACCAUCAAGAUGGACCAGCAGACCGGCCGAUCAAGAGGCUUUGGUUUUAUUCUCUUUAAAGAUUCGGCUAGUGUAGAUAAGGUUCUUGAACAGAAGGAGCACCGGUUAGAUGGUCGACAGAUUGACCCCAAAAGAGCCAUGGCCAUGAAGAAGGAACCAGUAAAGAAAAUCUUUGUAGGAGGGCUGAACCCCGACACUUCUAAGGAAGUCAUUGAGGAAUACUUUGGGACCUUUGGAGAGAUUGAGUCCAUUGAACUUCCACAAGAUCCAAAGACUGAGAAGAGGAGAGGAUUUGUAUUUAUUACAUAUAAAGAUGAGGCUACUGUGAAGAAGGUCAUGGAGAAGAAGUACCACACCGUUGGUGGCAGCAAGUGUGAAAUCAAAAUUGCCCAGCCCAAAGAGGUCUACAUGCAGCAGCAGUAUGGAACCCGUGGAUAUGGAGGACGUGGCCGGGGACGUGGAGGGCAGGGCCAGAACUGGAAUCAAGGCUACAACAACUACUGGAACCAGGGAUACAACCAGGGCUAUGGAUAUGGACAGCAAGGCUAUGGAUACGGUGGCUAUGGCAACUAUGACUACUCUGCUGGUUAUUACGGCUAUGGGGGUGGCUACGACUACAACCAGGGCAAUACAAGCUAUGGGAAAACUCCAAGACGUGGAGGCCACCAGAGUAGCUACAAGCCAUACUGAUCACACGUAGUGCAGGUCUAAAGUAAAUAAGAAAGAGAUCCAUGGUCUGACCACAGCGAACAUGGACUCUGGCUUUUCCUUUGGAGUUGGCAGAAAUUUGGACUCAUGCUCCAUUUGUACAGAUCAAGUGAGGAACUGGGGAAGCAAAUGUCACUUUUCCACUUUUUAUUUUAUAUUGUCUUGUGUCCAUGUCCAUUUCCAGUGAUGGAAGUGUUAUUUUUACUGUACUUUUUGGUACCUUUUUUGAAUCUAAUGUAUUGUAUGGUUGUAUUUUUACAUGUCUACUGGAUUUUUGGACGAGGAGGAGCUAGAGCUUUUAAAGCUCACAAAUAAAACGUUAUUGGUUUUGUUACUUUUUUUUUUUUUUUUUUGGUUUUCUAGAUUUAGUUAUUUUCUGAAAUGUCAAGUGUUGGACAUGACAUGGCUUCAGGUGUGGGGUGAGGUAAAGAAAAGAGAUCUAAACAAAUUCUUUGUAUGUCAAGUGAGUUUUGCUGAUGGCCUUGUAGAUGAAGACAUCAUGCUGUUUUCCCCCUUUUUGUUUUGUGUCUUUUGGCUUUUAGAGGAAGUUCUUUUCCUAUCAUGUCUGCAAUUUUUAAGUGGCUUUACUAGUGUUAAUGAACUGAACGCAAGCCUGUUAAUGUAAGAAGAUUCUCCCUCGGUCACUGAUAACUCAUUCCUCUAGUGUCUUGGGCAAAUUGGUAGAAAUAAAAAUUUGGUUUAUAUUACAAA